AUGUGGAUUAACUGCUCCUGCUUUGGGGACCGUUAUGGUGUUAGUAGCAAAGUCCUUCGAACGAUCCCAACCUCAUUGUGGAGGCUUCAUUUUGCUGGCAGCGUCGAAAUCAUUGAGGAUGACUUGUUGCGCUGGGCUGAGAUACUUUCGGGGAAACGCUUUGGUGAAGAGGAUGACGAGGAAGACGACGAGGGAGAUGACGAGGAAGACGACGAGGAAAACAAUGACGCAGGCGAUGGGGAAGACGAUGAGAAAGACAUGGUGGAAGGCCUGGAGGAAGACGGCAAUGACAAUGACUAUGUCCAUAUUCCAGAGCAUCUGGCUUGGGACGUCGACUUGAACAACCUCGACUAUGAGGUUCAUGAAGCUUUUCGGGACAGCAAGUGGGUUGACUUCUUUGAGGCCCCUUCACCUUUGCCCGGUAUCUUUUAG